AUGUCUCAGAGCUUUGCCUAUGCCUCCGUGAUAUCCUCCAGUCGGAGUAAACCAAGUAAUUGUGGCUCUGGCCUGGCUGAGAUGCUGCGCAACACCCUUCAAUGCAGCCCAACCGUCAUGCCAGCGCCAGAGCCACAGCCUCUGCAGGAGGAAAAGAAAAAGAAGCGCAUCAUCGUCAUCGGCGCCGGCAUCUCCGGCCUGCGUGCCGCCUCGACUUUGCAGCGCCACGGAGUCGAUGUUGUCGUUCUGGAAGCGCGAGACCGCAUCGGUGGUCGCAUCUGCACGACGCGCAACGGAGGCCAGACGACGUGGGACUUAGGUAUGUGUGCCUUGGACACACGAGUCGGUACUGACCGCCGGGCUUGCGAUGGGCCCUUUGGAUAUCACGCUUGA